AUGGCCGCCAACGACAACAGCGGCGACAACAGCGGCUGGGAUCGUCCAGAUGAACGUCUCAUAGCCGACGCCUAUCGACUCCUCUUUGGCUCCCUGACGCGCGAGCGCCUCCGUGAAAACGCUGCAAAUGGCGCUCUUAUGCCUCAGAAGUUUGAAUUUGGGGCGUAUGGACUCGCUGGACGCAGUCUCGCCUGGAAGGCACUUCUCAUGCCUGCACCACCGCUGACAACCGAACUUUCGCAACAUCCAGUGCCCCCGCUCGCAGAAAUCAGGCGGCGCCGUGACCUCUACGUCGAUGUACUGCGGGACUUGAUGCAAGCGCCAGACGGAAACUACGAAGAAGGAUUCAUACUUCCAGGUCACAGCAGGCCUCCUACACCCGCUCUCAAGACGGGGACCUUUGAAAAGAACAAUCCUCUUAGCCUCGACGAACAGAACCCCUGGAAGCAAUGGUUUGAAAAUGUCGACUUGCGCAAGACCAUUCGGCAAGAUGUUCAACGGACUUUUCCAGAUUUGUCAUACUUUAGGGAGCCAGAAGUGCAGUCAGACCUUACGAAUAUCCUCUUUUUGCAUGCAGCCAAGCACCCAGAGAUUGGCUAUCGUCAAGGUAUGCAUGAAAUUCUGGCCGCAAUCUUCCUGGCCGUCGACUACGACUCUUUGGAUCGAUGGACGUCUUCCGUCGAUGACAGAGAUAUCCUCGAGAUGUGCGACCGUACGUGGGUGGCUGCAGACGCUUGGUCACUAUUCGGUCUCGUUAUGAACUCGAUGAACAUUUGGUUCGAGUGGAGAGAGCCAACAGGAGCUCCCAAAGAGACGGAGAAUGGCCUCAACCCAUAUGUCGCGCCCAUCGUGACGACGUCUAACAGGAUUCAGAACCAAUAUCUCAGCAAUGUCGACCCAACGUUAUGGCGCAAGAUGAGCGAAUUGGGGAUCGAACCUCAACUUUUCCUAAUUCGUUGGCUCCGUCUUUUGUUCUCAAGAGAAUUUGGCUUCAGAGAAACAAUGAUCCUUUGGGAUGGGUUGUUUGCAUUGGAUCCCUCGUUGGAAUUGGCGCAAUGGAUAUGUGUCGCCAUGCUUGUCCGUAUCCGCAAUCAAUUAUUGCCAUCUGAUUAUAGCGAACAGCUCACAUAUUUGUUGCGCUACCCUGCUGCCGAAGGCGGCGCGCUCCACGUAUCAUUAUUGCUCCAGCAAGCCGUCCGACUAAGCCAGGAACCAAACACGUCCACCGGUGCAUCCAUCGUACUCCAAAAUAGAAACCUGCUCGGUAUCCCGAUAGAAGUGCCCGAACCACCUGCACGUCCUACUCCUCGUCGACGCGGCGAUCGGCCUCAGCAGCAACAAACUUCGAUCAGGACUCCGACCGAAAAAAGGGAAUCACCUCAGCCAGGGUUCCCAGAGCUGAUUGCGCGAAAUAUCAUUGAUAAGAGCGAGAGUCUUGGCAUCAAUCGAGCCAUCUUCAACACUGUUUCCGAAAUUAGGAGGAACUGGACGGAAAUCCCCUCUGCGUUCAGUAGAUCCUACACUGCAUCAAGUACAGACCUCCCAUCAUUGUCGUACUCACAAAAUAACCCGAGUCCCGAUUUGGAAACUCCAGUUUGGGAGGGUCGAGGACGCUCAGACAUUGAAAUGGAGUUGGCGGCAUUGAGAAAUCAACAAAAGACGCUGGCACAUGCAAUGACAUGGGCUGUAAAUGCACUCCUGAAGGACUCUGACAGGCUUGGUAGCCAAAAUCGAGAGGCACUCGACUGUCUGUCCUAUGCGCGCGACGUCUUAAUGACCGGAAAUGUCAUGAAAUUGGAUCAAGAUAGACUGGUCAGCCAUGCCGCCCCCCCGCCUCCACCAAAGGAAGCUCAGGUUGGUACCCAAAUUCCUCCCAGCAACGAGGCGCCCACUCCUAGCGUCAUGCUCUCCAAGCGUGACUACCAGCCUCCAGUGGGUUUGACUCGAACGCCGCACGUCAUCAAGCCAGAAGUGUCUCCUCUACAUACUACACCUUACCAUCGUCCAUCAGCAUCAUCCUUUGCAAGCAGUACUCCUUCGCAGGAGCGACCUAGGUCGACUGCAAGUUCAGCACCCCCAACAGCAAGCCCAAGAUAUAUCACCUCUCCAACCAGCCCGACACCACGCUCUUCUGGCUUGCAAUGGCAGCAUAGUCCUCCAUCCAUGAUGUCGGCUACUCACAGGAAAGGUGGAGAUGCCCAGCACGCCGCAAUAGCUACCCCUUCUACACCCUCAUACGGAUACCCUCCAAAAUCUUUAUCCUCUGCAGGGAGAUCCAAUACUACUUCGACUGAUCCACUAGGUGCUCUCCAAUGA